GCGAGAGGCUCGGGCGGAAGUUGUCUCCGAGGUGGCAGCGGAGAAUAAGGCCUUGAUACGGCAACUGGGACGCUCCGGUAGGCUGGAGCUACGGGCGCGGAGCCGUCUGGAGACUGCUCUUUGAUGGCCAUGGCAUAAGGAACAUUAUCCUGGGAACAACACGGCUUUGCUCUUGGGAAGAUGCGAACAAACGUUUAUUCAACCCAGAUAGGGCACCAAGGACAGAGCAAAGUACGAUUCCACCAAAGUCCAACUUGUCGAACCACACUAAACAAGAUUGGUGAUGAAAUGGAGCCUGGAACAAACUCUUUUCAAGUAGAGUUUCCAGAUUUUUCCAGCACCAUUCUGCAGAAACUAAACCAGCAGCGCCAGCAAGGACAGUUAUGUGACGUCUCCAUUGUUGUCCAAGGGCACAUUUUCCAGGCACACAAAGCUGUUCUUGCUGCCAGCUCACCCUACUUUUGUGACCAAGUACUCCUGAAAAACAGUAGGAGAAUUGUUUUGCCUGAUGUGAUGAACCCAAGAGUAUUUGAGAACAUCCUUUUAUUUAGCUACACAGGACGCCUUGUCAUGCCUGCUCCAGAAAUUGUUAGUUACUUAACAGCAGCCAGCUUCCUCCAGAUGUGGCAUGUGGUGGACAAGUGCACCGAGGUUCUGGAGGGAAACCCCACGGUCCUGUGUCAGAAGCUAAACCACGGCAGUGACCACCAGUCUCCCAGUAGCAGUAACUACAAUGGCCUGGUUGAGAGCUUUGAGCUGGGCUCUGGGGGCCACACUGACUUCCCCAAAGCCCAGGAACUGAGGGACGGCGAGAAUGAAGAGGAGAGCACCAAAGACGAGCUGUCUUCUCAGGUCACCGAGCACGAGUACCUGCCCAGUAACUCGUCGACGGAACACGACCGGCUGAGCACUGAGAUGGCCAGCCAGGACGGCGAGGAGGGGACCAAUGACAGUGCCGAGUUCCACUACACCCGGCCUCUGUAUAGCAAGCCGAGCAUCAUGGCUCAUAGGCGCUGGAUCCACGUGAAGCCUGAGCGCCUGGAACAGGCGUGGGAUGGCAUGGAUGUGCAUGCAGCCUACGAUGAGCACCAGGUCACUGAGUCUGUCAAUACCAUGCAGACAGAUCACGCAGCCCAGCCUUCAGGAGCAGAGGAGGAGUUCCAAAUUGUGGAGAAGAAAGUGGAAGUAGAGUUUGAUGAGCAAGCAGAGGGCAGCAGCUAUGACGAACAGGUGGACUUCUAUGGCUCCUCCAUGGAAGAGUUCUCCGGAGAAAAGCUGGGUGGGAAUCUAAUUGGACACAAACAGGAGGCCGCCCUUGCCGCAGGCUACAGUGAAAAUAUUGAAAUGGCGAUGGGGAUAAAAGAAGAGGCGUCCCACUUAGGAUUCUCGGCCACCGACAAGCUGUAUCCUUGUCAGUGUGGGAAAAGUUUCACGCACAAAAGUCAGCGGGAUCGACACAUGAGCAUGCACCUCGGCCUUCGCCCGUAUGGCUGUAGUGUCUGUGGUAAGAAAUUCAAAAUGAAGCACCAUCUCGUUGGCCACAUGAAAAUUCACACAGGCAUAAAGCCCUAUGAGUGCAAUAUCUGUGCAAAGAGAUUUAUGUGGAGGGACAGUUUCCACAGGCAUGUGACUUCUUGUACCAAGUCCUAUGAAGCUGCAAAGGCUGAGCAGAAUACAACUGAGGCUAACUAAAAAUAGGGUCUGGCCCUUGAGUGGCAUGCAUAAAAAUAAACUAUGGUAAUUAAUGCAAAUCUGGGCACAGAUGAUGCGUGCCACUUGCUAUUAUGAGAGAGGCUUAAAAAAAAGGAAGAUAUUUCUGAAAGACCAGCUCUAAGUAGGCCAAUUAAAAGAUUUAAUUUCUCAAAUCUGUAUGUUCUCAUCCUGGCCUAGAAUGGAUGCUGGGGCUAAGAUCACCCAGUGCCCAGGUAGUAAGACAGCCUUCCGGCCAGCAGUGGCCAGGCAGGGACUGGGUAGCAGAAUCUAACCCAUCACUCCAUCCGGUGGCAGUGGCUGGCUGUCACCAUUGCCCUGAGCUCUUGUUGCAUUUUGUUCUCUCCUGCAGGGCUUCUGGGCUUUGCUCUAGUAGCCGCAUCACUGGAUGCUGCUCCCCUCAAGGCUACAGCAAGGACUCCUGGGCUGAGCUGUGAUGUGAGCAGAGCUCUUUUUUGUCUACUUUCAUGCCUUCUAAAGGUUCUAGUUAAAGCUGUGGCAACGUUAGCUGGAGCUUCUGAGUCCAAAGCAGAGGACACUGUCACCAUGCUGCAGACUCUGGAUAAGGCACAAUUUUAUGUUUAAUUCUAAUUGGUUAAGUCUAUGGGUGCCAGAGAUAGGUGUUUGUAGUUGGUGUGUUAUCCUAAGCUUCCCUCACUUAAUGACAGGAGACGACCAUUUUGCAGUGACAUAUGACAGUGCUGGCUAGCAGUGGCCUGUGGCUCUCUGCCUUAGAUCAUGGUGCUUCCUAACAAGAGCAGGCAGCCAGGGGCCACAGCUCAUGAGACUAAGCCAGAAUGCACGGCUAAGAGUUCCCUGUGGGCAAGACAUUCCCAUACUCAGUGAGUGAGAGGCAGCAACCUAAACAGGAGGCUUGAGAAAGGAAUCUUAAAAACACUGGUGUGGAGAGAGCUGAUUUAGAGGGUGUGCCGAGCAAUGUUGUCAGCUCUCUGUGAGAGCUGGAGCGUGGCUGCAGGGGGAAAGGAGCCCGACAUCGAGCAUCAUCUACAGAUGCGUGUUCUCGGCUCACAGAGAAAGCUGCGUUUACAAGUCCCAGUAGUUUAUGUACACAGGCGUGUACACGCACAUACACCACCACCACCUUUGCAAGGACAAGACUGCCCUUGCAGUCUCUUCUGCAUGGUUAGAUGUUUUAGGAUAGAAAGAAAGCUUGUGUUCAGAAAGCUUUUGAGCAUGUGACAGUCCUUAGGCUCUUCUCUUGCUGGGUAGGGGUCUGGUGUGUUUUCCUUUGCUGGGAUAACACACUGACCAAAGCAGCUUAGGGAGGAAAAGGUUUAUGUCAGCUCACACUACCAUCUUUGAGGAAACUCUGGGCAGGAACGUGAACAUUGACAGUCUAGACUGUUGGCCAGACAUGCUCACAGGCCACUCCCUCACUUGAGACUGCUCUGAUUGCACUGUGUCAAAGCCAGCUAGACAGUAGGGCAGGGUUUUACUCCUUUAUCAUGUUUCACUUGAAAGUUUGGCUUUCUCUAACAUGACAGACAUUUCUGGCAAAAGCCUCUGAUUGUCAGGCUCUGACAUGAAGGAUGUACCUUUGACCCCUUUGUCCAGAAAGAAAAGAAAAUAUGGACUCACCAGUAAACGAUUGUGAUCAAGAUUACAAAACAGGGAUCUACUUACAAACACUGUAUUAGUCUUGGCAUAUAAAAGCACUUUGUAUUAAAACUUAUAAUACUUAUAAUAAAGUAUAGAUGUAGGGUUUGGUUUUUUUUUUUAUUUUAUUUUUUUUAACCUAGAAACUAGGUAUUACCUCCUAGUGGUUUGCUACAUUCAGAUGAUCUUCCAGUGUCUGCCAGUCAGCAGCCCUGUCCUUGUCCCCGAGAAGUGGAUAGCAAUGUAGUCGUUCACACGCCUCCUACUCCACACGAGAGGCCAGUGGGUUUAGGGGUGACCCUGAGCUGGAUGAGGGUGAAGUGGUUUUGGCUUCUUAAUAUUUCUACACUGGGGCAGUUAAGCCGUUCUAUUGUCAGAAGCAACCUUCACGUUCAUGCCUUCUGCCUGUUGAACAGAUCAUGAGCUGGCUCCCGUGAAGUCUAUUCAUUCAAGAGCUGAGAGAGACCCUUGCAGGGAAGAGUUUGGGGGUAAAAGACACCCUGGUCCUUGGGUUGUCAGUUGGAAUGUGACAGACCCUGUGAGAAGGUGGGGCGUCCAUAGUCCAGAAGGUUAAAGUGAGGCUUCUGACCUACCUUUCUGGGUAGAGAGCCUUUCUGGCAGCCUGCCCUGCUACAGUACUAGUCUCUCCCUCACCACUGCCUUAGGAAAUCCUCACCCUUCCAGAAGAGCUUGAACAGUUGUGAGCAGCACUGUCCAGCGUUUCAGGGAUUCUGUCGGUGGCCUGCCAGCCCAGUGUACGUCUCCACUCUGAGCCUUGACUGGUUUUCUCCAGUCCUCACACAGAGGGCUUCAAGGCCCACUGGAUGCAUUUCAUGAUCUGCAGGCCCAUGCCUUCAAUCUUGGAUGCACCUGUCACAGGAGCUCCUCUUGGGUUGCUGUUUGCCCUGUGCUCUCAUGAGCCCUACCUGGCCCCUGACCUCAGACUUGGUUCUCACCACCUCUGCCCACUUUCUCAGAGCCUGCCCUAAGGGUGCUCCUUCUUUGCAGGAGGAGUUUCCUGAGCUACUCCCAACCCUGGACAGGCUUUUAGCUGUAGGGAAAGUUGCAUGCUACAGUGAGUGGCAUACUCUGAGUCCCCAAGAUUGGGGCAGAGCUUUGCCUCGCCCACAGGUGUGGUUGCUCCCUAAAUUCUCAGAUACUUUGGAAAUGCUGAGGACCACAGGCCAGGCUGCCCUUGGCCUCCUAAGCUGCUUUGACUGGUAAACUAACCUUAUCCGGUGAAUCCUGGGUUGCUUUUGGUUUUGUUUUUCUUUUUGUUCUCUCUCUGCUAUUUACAUAUUUAAAGGUACUAGUUUGCAAACCUCUACUGAUAGUGCCCUGUGGGAAGAUGCUGGAACACUGUUAGCAAAUGUGACUUUUUUUCUUUUUAAAAGUUGCUUGAAGCCUGUGUCAAGUCAGUUGCUGCUGCCUCCUUUCUUUUUAUGAGGAUCCCAAUGUUUCUUCCAGAAAAUUAUUUUAUUUAUGCAAGUCAGGUGACUCUUAGGCCACAGAACCAUGGGAUGAUAAGCAGAUUGUCAAUAGGUGCAUAUCAUGGAUACUUUGUGAACCACCUGUGUUUUAGAAGUUAAAUAGUUCUUUCUAGAAUUGCUGUCUUCAGUGUACAGCGUCGUUUUAAUUGAAUGUUACUGUUUAAUAUUUUCUUCUUAUAGAAGAGACCAUGUCCUUUUGUAUGACAAGUUUUAAUAAAUGUUACCUGUCCAUUUUGUACAAA